CGUGCCCGAGAGCGGGGCCUGCGGGAGGGGGCUCUGGAAGUGCGCGGGUGUUGGGGCGGCUCAACUUGAAAGCACGGGGUUUGAUAUUCCUUUAUUCUUUACAGGGUAUUUCUCUUCCUCGGGGUAUCGAUCAGACAGCGAUGGAAAGCCAGCAAAAUUUCAGCCGCCUCCAAAGCCCGUCAUUGUUGACAAGCAGAAGCAGCAAGAGAAGAGAAGGUUCCUGAGCCCUGAAUUUAUACCUCCCAGAGGGAGAACAGAUCCUUUUAAAUUCUAUAUAGAAAGGAAGGAUAUGAUACAGAGAAGAAAGGUCUUCAACAUCCCUGAGUUCUAUGUUGGCAGCAUCCUUGCUGUUACUACUGCAGAUCCAUAUGCCAAUAACAAAACCAACCGGUUUGUAGGCAUCUGCAUUCAAAGAGGGGGAAAAGGACUUGGUGCUACCUUUGUUCUUCGAAACGUUAUAGAAGACCAAGGCGUUGAAAUACGUUAUGAACUGUACAGUCCUCGAAUCCAGUCGAUAGAGGUUCUAAAGCUGGAAAAGAGGCUGGAUGACAACCUGAUGUACCUGCGAGAUGCUCUCCCUGAAUAUAGUACUUUUGAUAUGAAUAUGAAACCUGUGUCUCAUUUAGCCCAUGAAGAAAUCCCUGUAAACAAGCUGCAGGUACGAAUGAAACCUAAACCAUGGUCAAAACGGUGGGAAAGGCCACAAUUCAACAUAAAAGGAAUAAAGUUUGAGCUACCUGAGAAAAAAAUGAAAGAAGCAGAGAAGUGGCGCAAGCCCUGGCUAGAGUUUGAUAUGCUGCGAGAAUAUGAUACUUCGAAAUUAGAGGAAAAAAUUUGGCAAGAAGUGAGCAAAGAGCUUAAAAAAUAAUGGCUUUUGCACUCUAGGAAUUAU